AUGAUUCACGGACCUUGUGGUGUUGCAAAACCAAAUUGUCCGUGUAUGGUCGAUGGUAACUGUUCGAAGAAUUUUCUUAAGAAGUUCUGUGAUCAGACUACUCUAGAUUCGAAUGGUUAUCUGGUCUAUAGACGUGCCGAUUCAGGUGCUUUUGUUGAGAAAUCUGGUAUUCAGCUUGAUAACAGAAGCGUGGUUCCGUAUAGCAAAACCCUAUUGAGACGUUAUCAGGCACACAUUAACGUCAAAUCGUGUAACCAGGCUGCAUCCAUAAAGUAUUUGUUUAAAUACAUUAACAAAGGACCAGAUAGGGCAGAAUUUGGUUGUGUACAAAAUGCCAAUGAAGGUCAGCGUGAAGAUGGAAAAGAUGAAAUCAAAGUGUAUUACGAUUGUAGACAUCUCUCGGCGUGCGAAGCUUCAUGGCGCAUAUUUGCAUUUGAUGUUCAUUACCGCUAUCCAUCCGUAAUCAGGCUUCCGUUUCAUCUACCAGAUAAACAAAACGUUAUAUACGACCCUGAUGACGAUCUUGAUAGUGUUCUUCAUAAACCAUCUGUUGCUUCUACGAUGUUUUUGGGGUGGAUGGAAAAGAACGAAAAAGAUCCGUUGGUGCGCACCCUUACUUACGUUGAGUUCCCAACUAAAUUUGUUUGGAAGAAGGACGAAAGGGUAUGGGAUAAACGGAUAAUGGGCAAAACCAUUGGUCGAAUUCACUGUGUUAAUCCUUCUAUGGGCGAGGCAUACUUUUUAAGAAUCCUUCUUAAUAAGGUAGUAGGUCCUAAGUCUUUUGAAGAGAUUCGUACUGUGAAUGGACAAGUCUUCCCAACAUUUAGAGAUGCGUGCUACGCUAGAGACCUUUUAGACGAUGACAAGGAGUAUAUAGAAGCUAUCAAAGAGGCUUACUACACAGGUUCAGGAUACUAUCUUUGUAAUCUGUUUACUACAGUGUUGGCGUCUAAUACAUUAUCAAGGCCGGAACAUGUUUGGGAAAACACAUGGGAGUACCUUUCGGAUGGUAUUUUAUACAAUCGCCAAAAGCUUUUGAGGAUCGAAGGUUUGUCUCUUCCAGAAGAACAAAUAAAGAACCUAACGUUGUUGGAAAUUGAGCGUUACUUAUUACGUAACAACUCAAGUUUAAGUCAGUUUUCGUCUAUGCCUCAACCCGACAGUGAGUCAAUAUAUUUAGCAGAUAACCGUUUAAUUGCUGACGAGCUUUGGUACGAUGUAAGCGCUACUGGUGUUGAAUUUCAUAAUAAUUUAAGUAGCCUAACCGAUGAGCAGCGUUUAGUGUUUGAUGGGAUAAUUGAAGCAAUUAAUAAUAAUGCGGGUGGUGUGUUCUUCGUCUAUGGCUACGGAGGAACUGGUAAGAUGUUUCUGUGGAAGACAUUAUCUGCAUCUAUUAGAUGUAAAAGAGAUAUUGUACUAAAUGUUGCAUCAAGUGGAAUCGCAUCUCUUUUAAAGCUCGAUGUGUUUAUUAUACUGGACGAUGACGUUGCUGAUUUAUUAAGGAAAACGAAAUUGAUAAUUUGGGAUGAAGCACCGAUGAAUCAUAAACAUGCGUUUGAAGCACUUGACCGGACAAUGAAAGAUAUCUUCAAAUGUCAGAUGACCUUUGGUGGUAAAGUUAUGGUGUUUGGUGGUGACUUUAGACAGAUACUUCCGGUUGUACCAAAUGGCAGUAGGCGAGAAAUCGUUAAAUGCUUCAAUCACCUCGUCGUAUAUUUGGAGUAG